GUCAGAAUUUUCAACAUGGCGGACAAAUUGACUUAUUAUGAAAUUCUUGGAGUUACCAAAGAAAGCAGCUUAAAAGAGGUAAAAACUUAUAUGAUUAAAAUUUUACUGAAAGAAUUGAAUAUAACUUAUCAAGGGGGAUUUUGUAAAGUUUGUACUGCGCUAACUUAUCUUGUUGUACAACUCAACUGCAUUGCAAAUUGGUACCGCUCACAGAAACUUUAUUUUUGGUUUGCUUUGCAGAUUGCUAAAGCUUAUAGGAAAAAGGCACUGAAAUGUCAUCCUGAUAAGAAUCCUGAUAACCCACAAGCCCGUAAGGAUGCAAUUUAUGUUAAUGCAUAAUAUAGAAAUAUAGACUUUCGUGCAAAUGUUGAAGUACUAGUCAUGCAGUGAUCAUUUUUGAUCAAAGUGAAGUGAGUAUUUCUUUAGGAAGUAGUAUAAGUAUAGGUUUUAUUCGUACUUAUACCUGUAGAUCUAUAUUUCACUUUUUAGUUGAAUUAUUUCAUGAGCUCUCAAAGGCAUUGGAGGUACUCAGUGAUCCAAAGGCAAAAGCUGCUUAUGAUGCUGUACUGAAGGCUAAAGAACAAGCAAGAUUACGAACACAGGCUUUGGAUGCAAAGAGAAAAAAAUUUAAACAAGGUAGGAUAAGAGUCCUUUGAAUAAUAAGCCGUGUGUCAAAAACAAACAAUGAUUGUUAGUUGUUGCAACUAACAACUACUGGUUGUUAACUGGAACAAGCAAAUAAAAUGCGGGCAUGCUAUGCAUGCAAGAGUUAUUUUUGGGGGUGGGUGGAGUGAUUGAAACAUUGUAAGUGAUGUCUCCAUUUUUACAAAAGGAAAGAAGAGUAUCAAUGUGGAAAAGAACAAAAAUGUUGAAUUAACUCAUGCACAGUUAUUUUGUGGUAGAUUGUGUGUGUUGUGGGAAUAACUGUUACCAAAAGUAAACUGUAUUGGUGCCACAGAUACCUUUUAGUACAAAAUGCAGACUGCAGACUGGAUACAAAAUGUAGACUGCAGACUGCAGAGUUGGUAUAAAAUGCAGACUGAGAAUCUAAAGAGUUUUUUUGUCUAGUAUGUGAUAACAUGUCACCUUACAACUUACUGAAUGUCACACAAUUGCUUUUCCAUGAUCAGCUUUCAUGAUUAGUUGCACUGUUGUGGAAUAUUCCACAACUGUUUCUCAAUCAAAAUCAAUCUUAAUAAUUUCAAGCCUUCAUAUAGUCUUCUCACUUUGCACGCAAAUUGGUUAGUGUGAUGUCUGUACAGAUUUUACCAACUUAAUAAAAGCAGAUGUAGAUGUAGAUGUCAAUGAGAUGUCACCAUUGAAUAUUUAACACACAUAAUAUUCGAGAAAAAAUUGACAGCUUUGCAUGUGGUCUGUAUUAUCAUCUUUUUAAAGGGUAUGUGUUUAUUUCGUUGACAAAAAUGUGGACCGAGACCAAAAUUGUUCCUUCAACUUGAUAUAUUUUCAACAUUAGUAGAUCACAUCCUAUUAACUUACCUCUGUAAAUAAUUCAUUCCAGAUAACAAAAUCAAAUAAACAUGUUAACAAUGGUAUCUGAAUUCAUCCUUGGCCAAACACAAAUGACUCCACAAGAUCACUUUCUCCAGGCAUUGAAAAGAUACACAAAAUUGUCCAUAGUUAAUUUUAAUCAGACAUUCAUCUAGAGAUAGCACUGAGCAAACCAAUCCAGAAAAAUAUUAUUGGCACACUCAACAAAUCAUGAAUCUUGCAACACAGCUUGCGCUCAAAGAACUGCUCAAAUCAAAAUGUUUGGUGCAACUCAUCAACACAUCAAGCAACAUUUGACUAAAAAAUUUUCCUCUCAUUCUCAUCAUGAAGGAACUAUAACCAUGAUCAUGCUACAGUGCACAGAACUCCACUUUCUCUUGAACAACUAUCUACCAUUUCCACAGCAUGAGUAACACAUUUACUUUAGGUAAUCUGAUAUCUUUCAGCUGUGCAGUAGAGCAUGGUAAAAUACAUGUAAAAACACAGAAAAGCCAACAUUUCUCAUUCUAAAGGAUGAUUCCAUUUUACGAACCACUCUCUCUGAAUCCCCCAUUACUUUGUUGAAAUUUGAAUACCUCUCAAACUGAAGAACAAAACCGAUGCUCUGAUUGGUGCGAGAUAAUACCCUAAUGUGGCUAUUGGAUUGGAGUGAAAUACAUAUCUCAAAUGAUCUGAUUGGUGCAGGUAACAUACCACUCUCUAUACACUAAUAUAGAGUUCUUUUUUUUUAUAACUAAAAAAUGAUGACACCUACAUCAUAGAAUAAUCCAAUUCCCUGAUAACCUGUUCUGCUCCCCUUCCCCAAAAAAUUAUAGAGAAGCUAUUUAGAGAAGUUGGGACUUGACGGUAAUGCUUUUUUUCAGAUCAUGUCAAUGUUUUCUUUGGCAGUUAGCAGGAAAAUGUGUUUUCUAUAAUGGUUAUCAGCUGAUAUCAAGGGGAGUAUGACAAAAUACAUUGUACAAAGUAAAAUUUGAGAGUUUUAUUGCAGAUCUUGAAGCAAGGGAGGAUGCAGCCAAAACAGAAAAGGAAAGUGAUGAAAUAGCUGCAAAGAAUUUGGAAGCUGAAGUGAGUUUCUUUAUUGUCAUUUCACGGUCUUUUAUCUUAAGCAAACUUUUAAUCAAACACAAAUUGUUUCAUUUUUAUAUCUGCUGUUCAGAUUAAUAGGUUGAGAGAGGAAGGAUCAAAGCUUUUAAAGGAACAACAAGAACUUCUCAGAGACCAGUUAAAGAAAGAAGUUGAAUUUGAUAAAGAUAGUAAAAUCUACCAAGAUGUCACUCCGAAAUUAAAGGUUAAUGAUGUAGGGAUAACUACACAUAAUUUGUGAUAAACAUACUGUAAUCUUCAGUUUGUGGUAGAAUAUGUUUGUCAGUUAAGAAAACCACUUUAAGCUCAGAGAAGUCCAGCAAUAACAACAAGUCUAAGAUCUAGUGCCACAAUAUGAGGCAGAAAAACAAAAACAAAUAUUUACCUACCAUAAAUGCACAUAAACUGUAUCAAAUAGCAUCUGUACUUUGUUUACCUGCCCAGGUGAGGUGGAAAAGCAAGAAAUCUGAUUUAACCAAUGGUGGAUACACACAAGAAAUGAUCAGGUCACUCUUUGAAAAGGUACUGUACUUACUUUGAAAGUUGUUCAACACAGUAGAUGUUUAAGGAAUUACUGUUAAUGUACUUUCAUUUAUUUUGGAUGAAAGAACACUGGGUUAAUUUAAUUGUUCCAUACAUUGGUUUUGUAGUAUGGUGAAGUGAGUUAUGUGAUUGUAUCUUCCAAUAAAAAGGGAAGUGCUGUGGCAGAGUUCACAUCAAUGGCUAGUGCAGUGAGUAUUGUAAACUGGUUUUUGAGAAUGAUAUUCUUUGUAAGUUUUUAUUUGAAUUUGCAAUGUGAGUGACCUAAUAAUAGUGAUAUGGUAAGUAUAUUCUUGAAUUACCUUAGAAACUUGCAGUAGAGAAUGAGCAUGGUAUCCCAGACAACCCUCUACAAAUCUCCUGGUUGGAUGGAGAGCCAUCUUCAAAUGAUGCAAGUUCAGAAACUGACCCAGGGGUUUCAAAAUCAACAAGAGAUGUUGGUGAAGCUACAGAUAAAUACAUGGUGAGAGUUGACUUGUCUUUAUGGAAACUAUCUUUCAGGUAGGGUUUUUGCAGUCAUAGAUGGUCAUAAUGAUUUGUACUUGUCUCCAAGACAUGCCUCUCUUGCUUAAAACCUUGCUACUGAAAGUUACUAAUAUACACUGUUUGGCUGAGGUAAGGAGGGAAGGAGGGGUGGGGGUCUUGAUAUUCACCCUUGAUUGACUAACUUCUCAGUUAGGCUUAGAUGUACUACGUCACUGA